AUGGAUCGGUCCGCUGCGGGUAUGACGGUCGCCAGUAAGCCUCAAGCUGCCGAAGUGUCGACCAUCAUCAACCUGUUCCGUCAAAUCUUUGCCUUCACCGUCGGACUCUACGCGCUGCCCUUUGGUGAGGGUGUUAGCUUUGGCGCGGCUUGGGGAAGCUUUGCCGCCAUCAACUUCGUGACUUGGUUGGGCUUCUUGAGGCUCCUGCUUCCGUCGUCUAUCGCGGAGCCUCCUUCAUCUGUGUCGCAGCCAUCGACACCGGAAUCACGAUCAACUCCAAAGGAGGUUGUAGGCAUUGGAUGCCCAUCCAACUUCCCGCUUUCCUUCACCUUCAAUUCGUCCAGCUCGGCAACGGCCGCGUGUAGGGAUUCUCGGUGGACGUUCUUGGGCACGUCACUCUUGAUCACUUCUAUCUUGUGUAUCUUCGUCACACCGCCGGUGACAUUUUUCUGGCCAAUCAUCGUCGGCGUGUUUUUCCACGUGACCCCGAUAUCGGAUUCCCCGUAUUACCAAGACUAUGCCGAUGUGGUCUCGCUGGCAUUCGGACGAUUUCUGCCGGCCGCCUUUGUGUGCCAUGUCAUGUACCAGUACUGCGUCCGCCUGACCUUGUCCGAUCUCAAGGCGCCCAUCGAGAGUACUGUGCUUCGGCUCGGGGGGUGUUGGGUCGGAGCACUGAACAACGUCACCUGCGUUGGAAUCACCCGACCGUCUUGA